AUGUCGAAGAACGUAGCCAUCAUUGGUCAAACUGGGGCGGGGAUAAGCUCCCUCGUUAACAUGCUUUGUCUUGAUGCCAAUGCUCCUACCUCGUCCGACACAACCAGAUGCACGAAGGAAGGGAAAGAGUACCAAUGUAAUCUUGAAGAUGGAUGGAUGUGUCAAGUACAUGACACAGUUGGUCUCGGAGAACCAGGACGAUGGCAGUUCAGCUUCAAAAGCUUCAAGUUCGUUCGGAAAGCGGAUACAUGGCAGCUCGAACUUGAAGAGUACUUAACGAAGAAAAACUUGGAAUCGUGGGACCUUCUGAUAUACUGCAUACCGGGAGGCCGAGGCCUUCUGAAGAAAUCGCAUGGGCAAAACUAUAAGAAAGUCAAGUCGAUGGCGGGCAGUGUGCCGAUCGUAGUGGUCGUUACCCAUUUGGAGAAUUUCAAAGAUCCUUUGGAUAGUUGGUGGUCGGACAAUCUGAGUACUCUCGGAAACCUCGGUAUUCCGGAGAAUACUAAACAUGCAUGCAUCACUGCACUACCCAAGCAUGCACUUGAAACAUUUUACCAGAAAGGAGACCUCUACGAUAAUUCUCGUGAGGGUCUCAAAACUCUUAUCAGAGGCAUUCUUUGGCCCAGCACUGGCCACCGGCGCCGGUAG